GGAGCGCGCCGGCGGCGGUGGCGGCAGUGGCGGUGAAUGUGGGGGUGGGGGGCGGGGAGCUUUGGUUGAGGCGACCGUGGCUCUUAGGCACCCUCGACUGGCGGCGGUGACGGCUCCUGGUGCGGCGGGGCGCUCGGCCAGCUUUCUAGGUCGGAACGGAACACUUGGCCUCGCGGGCCCCGCCCGGAAAGUUUGCAGUGGAGCCGCGACCUCCUGGCCGGCGCGGCCCAGCAUGAAGCGGCGCUGAGGAGCCGCGGCGGCCGCCUGAGGAGGAGGCGCUGCACCCCGGGCCACGCCGAUGACUACUGCAAACUGUGGCGCCCACGACGAGCUCGACUUUAAACUCGUCUUCGGCGAGGACGGGGCACCAACGCCGGUGUCCCAGGUCUCGCGGCCUGCAGAUCUUGAACCAGAUGAUUGUGCAUCCAUUUACAUCUUUAAUGUAGACCCGCCUCCAUCUACUUUAAAUUCAUCACUUGGCUUACCACAUCAUGGACUGCUGCAGUCUCACUCUUCUGUUUUGUCACCAUCAUUUCAGCUCCAAGGUUUCAAAAAUUAUGAAGGAACUGAUGAUAUUUCUGAAUCUAAAUAUAGCUCAUUAAGUGGUCCUAAACCCUUUGAGUGCCCAAGUAUUCAAAUUACAUCCAUCUCUCCUAACUGUCAUCAAGAAACAGAUGCUCAUGAAGAUGACCUACAUGUAAAUGACCCAGAAAGGGAAUAUUUGGAAAGGCCUUCUAGAGAUCAUCUCUAUCUCCCACUUGAACCGUCCUACCGGGAAUCUUCCCUUAGUCCUAGUCCUGCCAGCAGCAUUUCUUCUAGGAGUUGGUUCUCAGAUGCAUCUUCUUGUGAGUCUCUCUCACACAUUUAUGACGAUGUGGACUCAGAGUUGAAUGAAGCUGCUGCACGAUUUACUCUUGGCUCACCUCUGACUUCUCCAGGUGGCUCUCCAGGAGGUUGCCCUGGAGAAGAGUCCUGGCAUCAACAGUAUGGACCUGGACAUUCCUUGUCACCUAGGCAAUCUCCUUGCCACUCUCCUAGAUCCAGUAUCACUGAUGAGAAUUGGCUGAGCCCCAGACCAGCCUCAGGACCCUCAUCCAGGCCCACUUCUCCUUGUGGUAAACGACGGCACUCCAGUGCUGAAGUAUGUUAUGCUGGCUCUCUUUCACCCCAUCACUCACCUGUUCCGUCCCCUGGUCACUCGCCUAGAGGGAGUGUAACUGAAGAUACCUGGCUCACUGCUCCUGUCCACACUGGAUCAGGCCUCAGCCCUGCACCGUUUCCAUUUCAGUACUGUGUAGAGACUGACAUCCCUUUGAAAACAAGGAAGACUUCUGAAGAUCAAGCUGCCAUACUACCAGGAAAAUUAGAGGUCUGUUCAGAUGAUCAAGGGAGCUUAUCCCCAUCCCGGGAGUCAUCAGUAGACGAUGGCCUUGGAUCUCAGUAUCCUUUAAAGAAAGAUUCAUCUGGUGACCAAUUUCUUUCAGUUCCUUCACCCUUUACCUGGAGCAAACCAAAGCCUGGCCACACUCCUAUAUUUCGCACAUCUUCAUUACCUCCAUUAGACUGGCCUUUACCAACUCACUUUGGACAAUGUGAAUUGAAAAUAGAAGUGCAACCUAAAACUCACCAUAGAGCCCAUUAUGAAACUGAAGGUAGCCGAGGGGCAGUGAAAGCCUCUACUGGCGGCCAUCCUGUUGUGAAGCUCCUGGGCUAUAGUGAAAAGCCAAUAAAUCUACAGAUGUUUAUUGGAACAGCCGAUGAUAGAUAUUUACGACCUCACGCAUUUUACCAGGUGCAUCGCAUUACUGGAAAGACAGUUGCUACUGCAAGUCAAGAGAUAAUAAUCGCCAGCACAAAAGUUCUGGAAAUCCCGCUUCUACCUGAAAAUAAUAUGUCAGCAAGUAUCGACUGUGCAGGUAUUUUGAAACUCCGCAAUUCAGAUAUAGAACUUCGAAAAGGAGAAACUGAUAUUGGCAGAAAGAAUACUAGAGUCCGACUUGUAUUUCGUGUGCACAUCCCACAGCCCAGUGGAAAAGUCCUUUCUCUACAGAUAGCAUCUAUUCCUGUUGAGUGCUCUCAGCGAUCUGCUCAAGAGCUCCCUCACAUUGAGAAGUACAGUAUCAACAGCUGCUCUGUCAAUGGAGGCCACGAAAUGAUUGUGACUGGAUCUAAUUUUCUUCCAGAAUCCAAAAUCAUUUUUCUUGAAAAAGGACAAGAUGGAAGACCUCAUUGGGAGGCUGAAGGAAAAAUAAUCAGAGAAAAAUGUCAAGGGGCUCAUAUUGUCCUUGAAGUUCCUCCCUAUCAUAACCCAGCGGUUACAUCUGCCGUGCAGGUGCACUUUUAUCUUUGCAAUGGCAAGAGGAAAAAAAGCCAGUCUCAACGUUUUACUUACACACCAGUUUUGAUGAAGCAAGAACAAAGAGAAGAUACUGAUUUGUCUUCAGUUCCAUCCUUACCUGUGCCUCAUUCUGCCCAGACCCAGAGGCCUUCCUCAGAUACAGGGCACCCCCAUGACAGUGCAUUGUCUGCACCAAGAAGCUUGAUUUGUCCAGUGCAGCCAGCAUAUGCAUCUAUGAUAACCUCCACCCAUUUGCCACAGUUGCAAUGUAGGGAUGAGGGUGCUGGCAAAGAACAGCACAUAAUACCAUCUUCAGUCAUGCACCAGCCUUUUCAAGUUACACCAACAUCUCCUAUGGGGUCUUCCUUUCAGUCUAUACAAACUAAUAUGUAUAAUGGUCCAACUUGUCUUCCUAUGAAUCCUGCCUCUAGUCAAGAAUUUGAUCCAGUUUUGUUUCAGCAGGAUGCAGCUCUUUCUAAUUUAGUAAAUCUUGGCUGUCAACCACUGUCACCAAUACCAUUUCAUUCUUCAAAUUCAGAUGCAACAGGACAUCUUUUAGCUCAUUCACCUCAUUCUGUGCAAACCCCACCUCAUCUGCAGUCAAUGGGAUACCAUUGUUCAAAUGCAGGACAAAGAUCUCUUUCUUCUCCAGUAGCAGCCCAGGUCACAAGUCAGCCUUCUUCCCAUUUACAGCCUAUUACAUAUUGUCCUUCACAUCCAGGGUCUGCUACAGCAGCUUCCCCAGCAGCCUCUCAUGCUCUUUCUAGUUCACCGAUUUCUGGGCCACCGUCCCCUCAGCUGCAGUCUAUGCCUUACCAAUCUCCUAGCUCAGGAACUGCCUCAUCACCAUCUCCAGUUACCAGAAUGCAUUCUGGACAGCACUCAACUCAAGCACAAAGUACAGGCCAAGGAGGUCUUUCUGUACCUUCAUCCUUAGUAUGUCACAGUUUGUGUGACCCAGCAUCGUUUCCACCUGGUGGUGCAGCUGUGAGCAUUAAACCUGAACCUGAAGAUCAAGAACCUAACUUUGCAACCAUUGGUCUACAGGAUAUCACUUUAGAUGAUGUGAACGAGAUUAUUGGAAGAGACAUGUCCCAGAUUACUGUUUCCCAAGGCCCAGAGGUGAUCAGAGAUGCCCCUCUCCCAGGUCCGGAGUCUCCAGAUGUUAUGAGCUCUAACAGUGCUCAGUGAAGCUUUGUGCCCACCACCAACUGCUCAGCCUGCUUCUCUCCUGGAACUUAAGUUUCCAACCAGACUUCAGAAUCUGUCGCAGAAGUUGGAUUCACUGUGGGGAAAGCAGCAUUCCUUCACCUUAAGCCUUGGGCAGAUUUUGUAAAGAACAGGAACAGCAUCAGCUGUUUAAGCUGUGGGAAAUGAGCUUUGCUUUUUAUAUAUAUAUAUUUAAAUAGGAUACUUUUAUAUGAUGGGUGCUUUGAGUGUGACUGCAGCAGGCUCUCUCUCAGAGGUGCUGCUCUUGCAGGUGACCUGGUCGCAUAGCUAGGAUUAGUAAUUUGUACUGCUUUCUGGUCAUUUGAAGAGCCCUUUAGUUUUGAUAUUUUUAAAGUAGAACUUUUGAUAAAAUCUUCCAGAUGCAGACAAAAAAAAAUUAUCCUAAGCCCACACUUACACCUCAGAAACUUAGCAUGCAUCCUGAAGCCUUUCAUAGAUUCAUAGGAAAAAGCCAAAUGUAGCUCACGCUCUUUAUAAAAUAAAGUGUUGGGUAAAUUGAGAAGACCAUUCCAUCUUUGAAGUGUUGGGAUAUGAUACAUUCCAGAGCGUAGCCUUUUGUAACUUAGGUAGCUAUCAGGCAGUUUUCCACUAGCAGUUCCUCCAUGGUCAGGCUUUUUCUUCCCUCAGGACCUUGGGUAAAAUGGUCAUUCAUAAGGUAAAUGUCAAAGGUAGGGUUUUAGCUUAGGUGGUUAUUUUCUACCUAACUUUUUAAGUGGGAGCCUCUGCCUUUAGUCUAUAGCCAUUGAAGCCACUGUCCCACUAGUUUAAAGCUUUGCAGGUUUUUUAACUCCUUGAGGCCAGGCCAGCAGUGGAAGGAGCUAAGUAUGAGUGAGCUGUGUAAUAGGAGAGGCAGAGAAAAUAAAAUGCAGGACUCCAGUUGAGAAAGGCCUUAAGAUUCACAUGGCCUGUCAAUAGCCUGCAGUGAUUCUGUCUCAUGGUGUCCUGGCUAUGUGACCUAUAAGCCAGCCUUUCCUCCACAAGGCAUUGAGACACAUCCAGAAAUAAGGUGGCAUCAUAGACCUGUCCUACACCAAAGACACAGUGGUGCUGCUGCUGCUGGUGAGAUCGGUGUCCAAGGCAGGGGCCAGCAGAAAUUCCAGCCUGCUGUCUACCAAAGGACUGUUCUCAGACCCUGCCUUUACCCUUCCCUUUUAAAGUCCCUGAAUUUUACAGUCUGUUUUCAAAUGAAAUAGUGUACUUUCAUUCAUUCAGGAAGCAAAUUGAGUGCCUAUGAGUGAGACGUAAUGUUACUCUAGGUGAUUGUGACCCUUGAUGGUAGGGGCCUUUUUUACCAAGGCUCUAUCAGCCUAAGCAGGAGCUGGCCUAUUGCCUACCAACCCUAGUAAGCAGGGUAGGAGGUACUGAUUCAAGAUGAGAGAAGUGUGUGUUUGUUUUUAACACAAUGAUUUGCACUUCUCCCCUAAAACUAUUUAAAGAGUCUCAUCAGCAAAUUGCUCUGGCCACUCUUGUAGCUAGAUAUUUUCCAAAUUUCUCUGAAAGUGAAUUUUAUUUGUGACUGUGGAUAGUGACAUUUGCUUUAGAAGCCCGAUGGUUGGUAGCCCACAGCCUCCUUUAAAGGGCAUUGGCCUCUCAGGUGAACUUGCAGACUUGGCCAAAUUUGCUUCCUCUUUCCCCUGGGGCAGUUGCCUCAUAUGGGGUCAUUGCAAGACCCCUCGGGGUGCUGCUUUGCUGCCUUCAAGAAUAAAAGCCUCUAUGAUCCAGACUUGCUAUGCACCAAAUUUUGAUGCCUUUUAAAUACCUUGAUGCCUGUAGCAUUAGAAAUGCUUUCCUAUUUAAAACAGGUUAGAUUUUAAAAUAGAGCUUUGUAUUCUGUGUAAUGGUUUUAUAUUAGCUUUGUAUAAGCUUUCAUGUAAGAGUCAUAUUUUUUGGUUUUGUAGAUAAAGACUUAAAUUUUUGUGCAAAUUAGUGGUGGUAAAGCACACAUCCAUUGGACUAUGCAAAUUGAUUUCUAGUAGCAGCACUGAGCAACUGGGCAUUUGCUAGCACACACCCUUUCCUCUCACCUGUACUAGAACUUGGGUUGAGGAAUGAAGGAGCAGCCUUCUGUUUACUAGAAAAAUGUUUGGGUUCACAUGUGGUGCUGCUGCCCUGGGUACAACCCACCUAUACCCAGGGCCAGCCAGUAUCACCAGACCUCUGCUGGGCCCAGACACCAAGCCCAGUUUUUAAUAUGUAGAACACAUGGGCUCAAGUUGAAACCUUGUGUUUUAUAGAACGGAUGUGUAGGUGAAGAAAUUGGAUUUUGGUUAUGUUUACAGCACUUGGGAUUGUGUUUUCUUGUACAUUUUGUAUUUUAAAAUCGUUUAUAGGAGUGCAGUGCUCCUUAUACAAAUACAAAGGGAAGAUGAGCCAGCAGUUGAGGCUCCUCCUCAGUUACAGUGCUGAAAUAAUAAACAGUGACAGAUCAA